UUGCUACAGAAGCAUGCUGCUGUCUGCUGCACCAUGUCAUGUAGCAAUGGCCACGGAUCAUAUAAUUUAAUUAUGCACCAUGCCGCAAAGCUGAAUUCAACAGACUGGUACUUCUUCAGCUUCAGAGACCGCAAGUACGCUACCGGAUUCCGAACAAAUAGAGCCACCACCUCUGGAUACUGGAAAGCCACCGGAAAAGAUCGUACAGUGGUGGAUCCCGGGACUAAUAGUUGCAUUGUUGGGAUGAGAAAGACUCUGGUCUUCUACAAAAAUAGGGCUCCUAAUGGCGUCAAAACCGGUUGGAUCAUGCAUGAAUUUCGUCUCGAAAAUCCUUUAAUCCCUCCCAAGGAAGAUUGGGUGCUAUGCAGAGUCUUUUACAAAUCAAAGACAGAAAUCAACAGUCAACUAAGCCCACAAAAUGUGUAUCAUUCUGAGGCAAAAUUUGCUGGUGCUCACACUUUUCCUCAUUCCCCUCAAAUUAUGCUUCCAGCUGCUUGUAAUAAAAAUAAUUAUCACCUCCACCAAAUCACAACUUCCCAAAGCCCUGCACCUCAUCACCAAAACCCUAAUAAUCUCCCAACAGUUCCACAAUUAAACCCUAAUUUCCUUCAUCUUUCUCAUCAAAUUCACACGAAUCAUCUCAACGAAAUGAUCAUGCUUAAGUCUGCGUGCGAUGAAGAAGAUCCUUAUGGAUUCUUGUUAAACAUGGAGUUUGAAGCAGAGAGCUAUAUGGGAGGUGGAAUGGCUUCAAGUGUGGAGGACAUGAAAUUUGAAGAUGACUGCUGCAUGCCUUCUCUGAUUGGACAUUGUGAUUAAAUAAAUCACACAGCAAUCAAACAAGAUUAAGUACAUCAAUGAUUAAUUAGCGUUAAUAAUUAUCUAGGAUAAUAUGAAAAUAAGAAAAUGGAUUAUCUAGGAUUUUAGGUUAAUAGUUGUGAAAUUUUUUAAAGGCUGCUAUGUAUUUGGAUUUUUUUAAAGG